UAAAUCCUAAGUUCCUAACCCUAAAGGUAAGGCAAGCCGCCCCGCUCUCUCUCUCUCUCUCUCUCUCUCUGUUUCUGUCUCUCUUUCUCUGUGGUCUUCAUCGUCCAUUAGUCCUGAGUCCCGAAUCAAAGUUGUUUGGGAGAACUUUUUUCAGUUUGUUCUUUAACGGGCGAAGAUGAAGAAUGCUUUGAAAUUUCUGACACCUCUAGUAUGAGAAGAGCUUUCAACAAGCUCUUCCUUGAGCAGAGAUGGCAACUUUCUGAGCCCCUACGCAUCUUUUUUUUUCCUCUCUCUAUGCAAUCUCUUUCAAAGAUUUUUGAGUCGUAGCACUCGGUUUAACCCGCCUUUUAGCAUUGUUUGUUUUGCAUAAGGAUCUACCUAAGAAUUAGAAUUUAUCAUCAUUUUUAACUUUGAGGUCUUGAGUCUGUUUCUGUACUUUUGGAUUCUUGGAAGCCCUAAAAUCAGCAAAAUCUCUGUGGCUUCGUAUUUUUCUUCUCUCUUUAGGAACUCCUCUCUCUGAGGAACCGCAUUUGAUUAUAAGGAAAAUGCCGAAGUGACGCAGGUUUUGAUUAGGGCUAAUCACUAAUCAGAUCUCUUUUUUUUUUCGAAAAAAAAUAUAUAAUUAGAGGUCCCGAAUCCUCUUGGCUUGUCAUAGGGCUGUGCAUCGGCAGCCUUUAUUUUUUUUUUAAGUAAUGUGCAUAAAAAAUUCUAUUCCCAACAUACAUCACAUUUUAUUUUAUUUUAUUUUUUGAGUAGAAUAAUUCAAUAAUUUAAAAAAUAAAAAUAAAAGUAAAAACUUAUUUUAAAAAAUAAAAAAUAAAAAAAUUAUAAUUUGGUGUGCAGAUACGGUGAGUAGCAAACUCGCAUCCGUAACUUGUAAAAAACCUUGACCGAAGGAUGAAACUACCUCGGUUUUGAAUAUGUUUUGUAUUCCUCUUCAUUUGGAUCCCGUUCAUUACCCUCCCUCGCGAGAUUCAGCCGAUACCUUAGCUAGAGCCUCCGUUGUCAAUUGGCACAGAUUUCGAGCCCGUGUCGGCUUGCCCAUGAGCCGUGGAGCCUCUCUAACCCUGGGAGAAAGCUUGACCAACACAAUCGCCAUCUUCAACCUUCGGCUCCGAGAUCCAUCGCGAUUCUUCCGCGCCAACUCCGGCUGCGACUCCAUGGCCGACGAGGCAAAAAUCCAUCAACCAAAACCGGAGAUCAUCGGGAACGAGAAGGAAUUAGAAGAAGAAUCGAAGACGAAGGAGGAAUUGACGUUGCCGCCGCCGCCAGAGAAGCCGCUGCCGGGGGAUUGCUGUGGCAGUGGAUGCGUGCGGUGCGUGUGGGACAUAUACUAUGAGGAGCUCGAGGCUUAUGACAAGCUUUGCAAAAGCAAUUCUGAGUCUAAAUCCACGCCCUCCUGAUGUUAUUCUGUAUAUUCGAUUCAAUUUGGUCCUGUGUUACAGUAUUCAUGCUUUUGUUUGAUCAUGUUGUCGGCAUCUAAUUAUGGUUCAUUGGUGAAAAGGCUUUGAAAUUGUCUUUUUUUUUAGAAAAUAUUUUUUUGAUCAAUUUGGAUAUCCGGGUACAGAAGUGCAUUUGCGUACAAUGCAUGGCACCAUUCUCGGCCCCUCCUUUUUGUAAAGACACCCGAACGGGUACAUAAAUCUGGACCUGAAUUCAUGUACAGCCGGAUAUCCAGAUCUGAGAUCUGCAUGCGGUGAACAGCCCUAUUUGUCAUCUCAAAGCAUCUGAACUUUCUUUUGAUC